CUCGUUUAUUUAUUCCUUCUCCCCGGCCGGCUCUCACUCCUCACCCAUCCAUCCCAUCUCUCACCCAUCAAUCCGCUUCGGCUUCUCUCUGACUCUCUCUCUCUCUCUCUCUCUCUCUCUCUCUCUCUCUCUCUCUUCCAGUCCAAGUCCUAGGAAUAACACAGCGCAACAACUCGCACCACCACUACCGCUAGCUAGCUGCGCAGUAGCUACCAGCUGCUCGCUCACGCUCAGUGCUGCGGCUUGGCUUGGGCGGCUCAGUGCGUGCGCCUCUUCGAUCUGCGACUCGAGUCUCGAGGAGGCGUGAGGGCAUCGCAAGGACGAAGCGGCGGCACCCGGGCGCGCGAUCGAUCGAGCACGCAUGUUCCCGGCGGCCGAGGUGUCGGCGCUAGCGGCGGGCGCCGGCGCUGCGGGGCGGCAGGGCGAGGGCGGCGUGCUGCCGAUGCUGCCGCCCUUCUUCAUGGGCUCCAUCUGGCCCGCGAACGCCGCCGGCGCUGGCGCUGCUGGGGCCGCCGACUCCGAGGAGGACGAGGCCGCGGCGGCGGCGGCGGCGGCCGCCGCCCACGACCGCGCGCUCGCCGCGUCGCGCAACCACCGCGAGGCCGAGAAGCGCCGGCGCGAGCGGAUCAAGUCGCACCUCGACCGCCUCCGCAACGUCCUCUCCUGCGACCCCAAGAUAGACAAGGCGUCGCUGCUGGCGAAGGCGGUGGAGAGGGUGCGGGACCUGAAGCAGCGGGUGGCCGGCGUGGGGGAGGCGGCGCCGGCGCACCUGUUCCCGACGGAGCACGACGAGAUCGUGGUGCUCGCGUCGGGCGGCGGCGCCGUGUUCGAGGCCUCGGUCUGCUGCGACGACCGCUCCGACCUCCUGCCGGAGCUCAUCGAGACGCUGCGCGCGCUCCGCCUCCGCACGCUCCGCGCCGAGAUGGCCACCCUCGGCGGCCGCGUCCGCAACGUGCUCGUCCUGGCGCGCGACGUCGACGGCGGCGGUGGUACGGGAGACGAUGACGGCUAUGGCCGCACUGACUCGGCGGGCUCCAUCGAGAGCAACGGCGGCGGCGACUUUAUCAAGGAGGCCCUGAGGGCUCUGGUGGAGAGGCCGGGAGCUGGAGGCGGCGACCGACCAAAGAGGCGACGUGUCUCGGACACGAACAUGCAAGCGGCAGUCUAGCACGCCGGCGGCCGGCCGGCCGGCCGGCUGAUGAUCAUUCGGCCAAAGCUCGAUCAAAUAGCUAAUUGCAUGCUCAUGUCAUGGUACUAGCUCCAUCUCCAUGUUUAGUUUUGUGUGCUUGUGCUAAUAUAGUGAGUUGCUAGUAGCUCUCUUAGAUCUUCUCCUCAUCAUGCAUGCAUGGCUCUUCUUGAGAUGCCAUUAGGAAGAAAAAGUAUACUACUAUGAUGGUACUGCAAGGGUUUGCUUGAGCUUGAGAAUCAAUGUUGUUCAUAAGCCAUUGCAAACCCAGCCCAUGCAUAACAAGAGUCAUGCAGCACAAUGCAAAGCUGCAGAACUUGUUACCCAACUAGUUAUAUAUUAAGCACAAUAUAUAUAUUUCAAUAUUGGAAGCUUAAUAAUAAGAUCACAAGAUUUUUUUUCCA